UCCCUCGCUUUCCCUGAAACCUUUCUCCACCGUGUCUCGUCGCCUUUAGUUACCUCUUCACCUCCCCCUGCAUUUCAACCAAAUCCCUCAUGUCUCGUCUUUGAGCUUUCGGGAUUCUUACUGUUGGGGAGCCUCCGGCCAACGCUCUCUCCGGUGAAGGUAGCUAGGGUGAGCGGCGGCGAUGACCUAAUUACUUUGGUUGCCUCACGUUCUGACCUAAUUUUCUCCCAGGUGGGCUUAGGCCCAUUCUCCUUACCUUUGAGGCCCAUUUGCAGAAUAGGUGUUCCAAAACGUCUUCUUCAGAAGCCCAGGUCUGACCCAAACUUUCUCUUGCUCUCCUUUAAUAUAAUUUUGAGUAGAUUCAUGUCAUCUAUUGAUUGUGGACGUCAAUUAGAGCAUACUCUCUCAUUAUUGCUAUGUUGGUUCAAGAUUUACUUGAGAACCCUGCCACUAGAAACACCUAUAUCCUUCUUCCAUGGUUGUAAGAGUUUGGAAAAGAGCGGCAUUAUGAUCUCGCCUCCAAAGAGCGGUGAUUACCGCAUUCUUUUCAAAUUGUCAUCUCUGCUGCACCUAUCCAUUGAAUUUAUUCAGUCGCUUUUGCUUCUUAGCAUCAUCAGAGAUCUACCUAAGGAUUCUACAAGAGUAAUGAAGAUGGGCAUUAUGAUCCCGUUAAUAUCGAGCGGUGAUUACCCAUUCUUCUCCAAACUCUUUUCUCCCAGCCCACUGUGUUUGGAACUCAAGAUCAUACCCGAUUUUAUCUGUAUCUCUCAGGAUAUUAACCCUCUUGUCUCAACGCCCUCUAUGCGUUUCGCGUCGCCGAACCAUGAGGCAAAGGACUUCUUCUCAACGUCACUUUAUCUUGGUUUGAUAGUGAAUAUUUCAUAUUUCCCCGAAGUGUUCGUGGAAGUGUCUUUGACACACUUUGAAGUCGUGUGUGGUAUGUGGCUUGUUUGCCUCUGUCUCCGACUCUCAUUGGUCUAUCUUCUCAAGUUAUCUCUCUUUGUUGCUAGCUUAUGUUUUUUUAAGAUCUUUGUAACCUGUUUCAUCUUUGAGAACUUUGUAAACUUGCCCUUAUGGGAUUUGAUGGAAUGAAUACAAAUCUUGUUUGA